ACUCUCCCGUAACUCCCGUAAUUUCGCGUGUGCCGCCUCUCGCAUUAAGUAUUUCGCGUUUCGGCCCCAACACACACGGAUGGUUCGCUGCAUUUACUAUUACGAUUGAAAACGCAUCACACAACACCAUCCCCCGGUCGUGUCGAGUUUUCCUUCGGUGCGGCGCACAGCAUUAGCUUUUCCUCGGUUCCGCAUUUUCCGUGUCGUUUGCGUGUGUGUGUGUGUAUCGGUGUGUCUAAGUGUUCCUUUUUUUUCGUUCCAUUGCUUAAAAAGUGCAAAGUAAAACAUGGCUGCUGAACCGAUCCGCGUUGUCGUCACUGGUGCCGCCGGCCAGAUCGCCUACUCGCUGCUGUACAUGGUGGCGAAGGGCGACGUGUUCGGGCCGAACCAGCCGCUCAUCCUGCACCUGCUCGACAUUCCGCCGAUGAUGGGCGUGCUGGAGGGCGUCGUGAUGGAGCUGGACGACUGUGCCCUGCCGCUGCUGGUGCGCGUCGUGCCGACGGCCGAUCCGGCGGUCGCUUUCAAGGAUGUGGAUGCCGCCUUCCUGGUCGGUGCGAUGCCGCGCAAGCAGGGCAUGGAGCGCAAGGAUCUGCUGUCCGCCAACGUGAAGAUCUUCAAGGUGCAGGGCGAAGCGCUCGACAAGUACGCCAAGAAGGACGUGAAAGUGCUGGUGGUGGGCAAUCCGGCCAACACGAACGCGCUCGUCUGCUCGCACUACGCGCCCUCGAUCCCGAAGGCGAACUUUACCGCGAUGACGCGGCUCGACCAGAACCGUGCCCAGGCCCAGAUUGCGGGCCGGCUCGGCGUCGGCAUCACCAAGGUGAAGAACGUCAUCAUCUGGGGCAACCAUUCGGCGACGCAGGUGCCGGACGCACGGAACGCCUCGGUCGAGGUGGACGGCGCCACGAAAACUGUCCCCGAAGCCGUUGCGGACGAUGAGUUCUUGAAGCAACAGUUCCUCGAGACGGUACAGAAGCGCGGUGCCGCCGUCAUUGCGGCACGCAAAAUGUCCUCCGCCAUGUCGGCGGCCAAGGCGGCCAGCGACCAUAUGCGCGACUGGUUUGCGGGUACGCGCGACGGCGAGUACGUGUCGAUGGGCGUCAUCUCCGACGGCAGCUACGGGGCGCCGAAGGACAUCGUGUUUUCGUUCCCGGUGCAGAUCCAGAACCGCCAGUGGAAGAUCGUGCAGGGCCUGUCGGUGGACGAGUUUACGCGCAGCAAGCUGGACAUUACCGCGAAGGAGCUGCUGGAGGAGAAGGAGGAAGCGAUGGCGGUGUGUGCUGCGGAUUGACUAGUUAAGCUGUAAGGCAGAAUUUUGUACGCGCUAACACAAACCAGUGGCGCGCAAGGAAAUCGAUCCAACAGUGAGAAGCGAACAUCAACAAGUGCGCGAAGAUCAAUUACCCAACCAGUUACGUUAUUUUGUUUUGUGCGCCAGCUAAAUAUCAAUGCGGCAAAUAAGAAAGAGAAAGAGAAUUAAGUAAAAAAAAAAGAACGCCACCACACUGUGCUUUAAAGAGAAGAAGUGAAGGAGAAAACGCAUUGUACUGUGUUGUGUGUUUUUGAUUUCCAUUGGUUUUCUUCGAUUCUUCAAAAUUUUGUUUUACAGUUUUGUUUUGAUAUAUAAAGCGGGAAAGGACAGGCGGCAAGCGCACGAGCGCGUGUGUGUCGGUGUGGGAAGUGUAUUCGUCCACCCUGCUUCUUCUUUUCCCUCAUCCGGAACCCGUACACCUGAUAGAGAGUUGCUUCCAUCAACAAUAUAUACGGUUGGCCUAUUAUUAUGAACGUGCAUCUACGGCAGAUGUUUUUUUUGUAGUGAAAUAGAAGAA